AGAACAUAGACUUUUUUUUUUCCCAUUCUUUUCAGGAACGCCCCUCCGACCCCACGUAAAACUACAUUUCUUCAAUUCAAAACCACAGUCCACGAAUUCGUAAUAUCCGCCAUAAAUUUCCGAAUUUGGCUCCCUCACCCCGCGUUCUCGCCUAUCUCGUGCGAAAAGGCAGACUCACUGCGUGCAGCAUGACUCUCACGCCCGUCGACACCACGCCCCAGGCGCCGCAAGAACGUGUCGCAGAACCCCCCAAAGUAGCCACACCCUGCGAACCACCCGCAGGUACCUAUUACUUCGAAGGAGGGCUGCGCCGCGUCAAACCAUACCACUACACAUACAACACAUUUUGCAAAGAGCGAUGGAGGGGCCGGGAGCUAGUGGACAUCUUUGUCUCCGAGUUUCGCGAUCGUCCACCGGAGUACUAUAGAGAGGCCCUGGCAGCCGGCAAAGUUGCGAUCAAUGGUAAACCGGCCGGACCGCACACCGUCGUGAAAAACGGUGAAGUCAUCUCGCAUACCCUGCACCGGCACGAACCCCCCGUCACAGGCCAGGAGAUCGGCAUAAUCCACGAAGACGAUGGGCUCAUCGUCAUUGAUAAGCCGGCCGGUGUGCCCGUUCACUCUGCCGGUCGGUACCACUAUAACUCUGUCAUUGAGAUCCUUCGUGCCCAGCGCGGUGGCGGCUGGGUGCCCCGGCCCUGUAAUCGUCUGGACCGGUUGACCUCCGGCGUGAUGUUCAUUGCUAAACACCCCAAGGCAGCGGAGAUGGUGGCCAGCAGGCUGAAAGAGCGGACCGUGCAUAAGGAGUACGUGACUCGGGUGAAGGGCAAGUUCCCCGACGGGGUGGUGGUGUGCGACCAGCCGAUUAUGCAGGUUAGUCCGAAGCUGGGGCUGAAUCGCGUUCGGGCCACGGGCAAGACAGCCACGACGAAGUUCCGGCGGUUGGCGUAUUACCCGCCUCAUGAGCCUGAGCCGCCCGUCGAGGGUGGAGAGGCGCGAGCUGCGACGCCGCCGCCAGCCUAUGCGAAUGAAGAGGAGGGGUAUAGUAUCGUGCACUGUCUGCCGUUGACCGGCCGGACGCAUCAGAUCCGUGUCCAUCUCCAGUUUCUGGGCCAUCCGAUUACGAAUGAUCCGAUUUAUUCGAAUCGGCGUGUGUUUGGGCCCGAACUGGGGAAGAAUGAAGACUCUGGUGUUCGCGACGAUGAGAUCAUAGAUAGGUUGAAUGAUAUGGGCAAGACGGAAGUCUCUGAUACCGUCUCCUACCGCACUCACCUUACCGCUGCUCCCCUCGUGCCUCCGGGCACUGACACCUCCGUCGUGGAGCAGAUCAUGUCCCGUGAGCACGAGGAUGCCGAGCACCAGUAUCAGAAGCGUAAAGGUGAGAGGCUCUCCGGUGAGAAAUGUGACAUCUGCGGCACGGAUCUUUAUACUGAUCCCGGUGUACAUGAGCUGGGUAUCUUCCUCCACGCCGUUGCCUAUUCCUCCGAUGAGGGUGACUGGAAGUACCGCAGCAAGAUGCCCUCUUGGGCCCUUCCUCCGCCAGGCAUGGAUGGUCCUACGGAGGUCCCUGAUUGGCAACCCGUGCCGGAGGAAGAAGAGACAGUCAUUGGCAAUGGAACCGUGCCAGAGGGUAUGGAGGAGGAAGAGAAGCCUCCGAGGGGCCAAGGAAAUACCGCUGCUCUUGUUCGGGGCGUGGGGUUGGUUGAUAUCGCUGAUGUGCCUAGACUGCAGCAAGAGGCUUGUCUGCAGUAGGAGGCUCCGCUUGGUUUUCUUUCUCUUAGACGUUUCCUUCCUCCCAUCUUUGCAUAGACUUGAUGUUUACGACUACAUGAUACCUGUAUGCAUGGAUAUCAGGAGUUCCCUAUGCUUUUUGUUCUUGUUUUCCGUCGCUGGCGCAUAUGCAGAGGGGACGGUGUAUGGCGCAAGGAUUAGCC